GGUAGGUCUGAGUAUGUGGCUAGCGAACAGCUAGCAGGUUACGCAGUAGCAGUUUGACGUCGGGCAGCCUCUUUAAAAUCGGACCAAUGCCUUAGAAAAGCUUCUCUGUUCGCCCCCGUCUUGUAAUACGAGCGCUGCCCGUUGAGGCCAGCGGUCGGUGCUCGGUAGAAGAUCGGGAUAAAGCGGAGGAUCUUAGCGUACCGGCGCUCGUUGGUCACGGUCUCCGUUUUGGCCGAGCUAGCAGAGCUAGCUGUUCAGUAGCUCUUAGCGCCGCAAUGGAUCCAUAAAGGAAGCCCAGACUCUGCAUGGCGUCGGAUUGGCAGCAGCGGGAGUGAGCAGCCAAUCAGCCGAGGACACCGGUAGCAUCAUGGCGUCUCGUCAGAGGAACUCGGUCCGGAUCCUGUCCAGCCGGGAGCGCGGCUCGCAGACCUUUGGCUCGCAGCGCCUCCUGCAGCUCCUGGUGGAGGAGAAAGUCCGCUGGAUGAAAUGGCAGAGUCAGAAGGUGGAGCUGCCGGACAGCCCUCGCUCAACUUUCCUGCUGGCCUUCAGCCCUGACAGGACCCUCAUGGCUUCGACCCACGUCAACCACAACAUUUACAUAACAGAGGUGAAGACUGGAAAGUGCCUACAUUCCUUAGUGGGCCACCGUAGAACCCCCUGGUGUGUGACCUUUCACCCCACAAUUCCUGGCCUGGUGGCCUCUGGGUGCCUUGAUGGCGAAGUCCGGAUCUGGGACCUGCAUGGCGGGAGUGAGAGCUGGUUUACUGAGAGCAACGUCGCCAUCGCCUCCCUGGCCUUCCACCCGACUGCUCAGCUGCUCCUGAUCGCCACCAACAAUGAGCUCCACUUCUGGGACUGGAGCCGCCCCGAGCCCUUCGCCGUGGUGAAAACGGGCAGCGACACGGAGAGAGUGCGGUUGGUGCGCUUCGACCCUCUCGGUCACAACCUGCUCACGGCGAUCGUGAAUCCAUCCAAUCAGCAGGGCGAGGAGGACUCGGAGGUUCCCAUGGACAGCGUUGAGAUGCCUCACUUCCGUCAGCGCUCCUUCCUGCCUUCCCAGCCGGUUCGCCGGACGCCCAUCCUCCACAACUUCCUCCACAUCCUGUCGUCCCGCUCCCCUGGGGCUCAGCCCGGAGGCGAGCAGCCGCGGCCUCUCGGGGAAAAUGGAAGUAACAUGGCCGAGUCUCCCAGCAUCCCUUUGGCCCAGUACCCCGGCUCGGAGCGCGGUCCGCCCCUGCCCGGCUGCACCCAGCACCUGGGCAUGGUGUGCAUGUGCAGUCGCUGCUCCAUCAGUCGAACGGCGCCCCAGCCAGACGGAGCCUCUGUGCCUCCGCCCGAUCCACGGGCAUCAUCGGACUCACUCCAGCCCCCCCCGGCCUCCACCUUCUCCUCAGCUCGUACUGAGCCCAGACAGCCCUCGGAGCGAACCUCCGCCUUUACCUCUGUCUACUACAGCGCCGGCGCUUCUCUUAACCCCGCCCCUCCAGGCGGCCACGAGCCGCACUCCACGGCCAGACCGGCACCCGACUGGACUCGCAACCUGCUGAGUGUGAGGGAGGGGGGGAUAAAUCCUGGCAUGCUGCCUCCCAGAACCUCCGCCUCCUCCUCGAUCAGCCUUCUGUCUGUGCUCCGCCAGCAGGAGGGCUCCUCUCACUCCCCCGUCUACACCUCCGCCACUGAGGGGCGGGGUUUCCCCCAGCAGGGAGAGCCCGGAGCCCGGGAUACCGCCAGCACGAGCAGCGGGCAUCACCCGUUCUGGGACAGUUCCCGUGGUAACACGGCCUCCUUCCGCAACGUGCUGCAGUGCAACCUGAGCCGCUACUUCCUGGAGAUCGGCCCCAUCGACAUGGAGCCGGCGCUGGGCGGCGCCAUGGCCGACGGAGGCCAGGAGCAGAGUCAGGAACUGCUCAACAACAACAUGGACCCAGACCGGCCCGGGCCUUCCUCAUCCUCCUCCUCCUCCUCCACCCCCACCAUCAUCCACUACCAGCCUCCCCUCCCCCCGCCCCCCAGCUCCCACAGCCUGGAGAACAACGUCCCUCCCCCAGCCUCCCGAGGUCACCUGAACCGCUGCCGGGCCUGCCACAACCUGCUCACCUUCAACCACGACUCCCAGCGCUGGGAGCGCAAGACCUCCUCCACCUCCAUGCUGGAGCCCCCCUCCUCCUCCUCUGCUUCUUUUCCCUCUCCUUCCUCUCACUGGCAGCCCGAUGAGGCCAGAAGGAUGCUAGAAGUCCAAACACAGGAGAGGAGGGCGCCUCCUGAGUCCAGCGAGCAGCCGCCUCCCCCAGCAGCAACAGUGGGAGGAACAGGAGGAGUGGCCUUCCCUAUCGCCCCGUCCUCUACCCAGCCCGGGGAGCAGACGGUGGGCCUGGUGUACAACCAGGACACGGCACAGUGGGAGAGGGUGUACCGGCAGGCUGCGUCAGGCCGGCCGGCGGAGCCACCGGAGGCCUUAAGCCAAGAAAUGCCCGUCGACCCCCCAGACGAGGACUCCCUCAGGAGGCGGCUGCUGGAAUCCUCUCUCCUGUCACUGUCUCGCUACGACAUGUCCGGCUCCAGAGACCACCCCAUCUACCCCGACCCAGCCAGGCUUUCUCCAGCAGCUUACUACGCUCAGAGGAUGAUCCAGUAUCUGUCAAGGCGCGACAGCAUUCGCCAGCGCUCGCUCCGGUACCAGCAGAACCGGCUGCGGGCCAUGUCGUCCUCCUCGUCGGACAGCCCGGCCAGCAAUCCGCCCGGCUCCAUGGACAGCGGCGACGUGGACUUUGAGGAUCUCGACGAUAACGGUGACAGAACGCGACACCGGACGCCUCGAAACGCCAGGAUGUCUGCACCCUCGCUGGGCCGCUUCGUCCCUCGCCGAUUCCUCCUGCCCGAGUACCUGCCCUACGCCGGGAUCUUCCACGAGAGAGGGCAGCCCGGGCUCGCCACACACUCCUCUGUCAACAGGGUGCUCGCAGGGGCGUCGAUCGGGGACGGUCAGUCUGCGGUCGCCAGCAACAUCGCCAACACCACGUACCGCCUGCAGUGGUGGGACUUCACCAAGUUUGACCUUCCUGAGAUCAGCAAUGCCUCAGUCAACGUUCUGGUGCCCAACUGUAAAAUCUACAACGACGCCAGCUGUGACAUCUCUGCGGACGGGCAGCUGCUAGCGGUUUUCAUUCCCAGCAGCCAGCGCGGUUUCCCAGACGAGGGCAUCCUGGCCAUCUACUCGCUCGCCCCCCACAACCUGGGAGAGAUGCUGUACACCAAGCGAUUCGGUCCAAACGCCAUCUCCGUCAGCUUGUCUCCGAUGGGCUGUUACGUGAUGGUGGGCCUCGCCUCCCGCAGGAUCCUGCUGCAUCCCACCACCGACCACAUGGUGGCGCAAGUCUUCCGCCUGCAGCAGCCGCACGGAGGAGAGACGUCCAUCAGGAUGGUGUUCAACGUGGUCUACCCCAUGGCUCCGGACCAGAGGCGCCACGUCAGCAUCAACUCGGCUCGCUGGCUGCCGGAUCCGGGGAUGGGACUGGCUUACGGAACCAACAAGGGAGACCUGGUGAUCUGCCGGCCCGUGUUCUAUCGAAGCGACGGCGAGAGCCCCAGCGAGUCGAGCAGCGAGCCACUGUUCAGCGUCAACAACAGCGGAACGAGCCGGAGCCGAGGCUCCGACAGGCCGGGGCCGAACCGCUCCGGCUGGAGGCUGGACAGAGACAUGGGACUGAUGAACGCCAUUGGCCUGCAGCCCCGACACCCCACCCCUUCAGUGACAUCGCAAGGAACCCAGACGCCAAUCAUCCAGCUGCAAAACGCUGAGACUCAAACUGAGAGGGAGCUGUCGGAGCCGAGCGCCUCGCAGCCUGCUCAGAGUGUCCCUCCUGAAGCUCCGUCCACCAGUGGAGCAGCUCAGGCUCAGGUGGAGGCGUCUCAGAGCAGCCAAGCUCAGCAGGAAGUCCCAGCUGAAGCAGAGACCGGCACCUCCACCGCUGCUGCUGGAGAGUCUUCGGAGUUCGGGUCUGGCGAGGACGCUCUGGCACGAAUCCGCCGGCUGAUCGCUGAAGGCGGCAUGACGGCGGUGGUCCAGCGGGAGCAGAGCACCACCAUGGCCUCGAUGGGCGGCUUUGGGAACAACAUCAUUGUCAGCCACCGCAUCCACCGCGGCUCGCAGACGGGCGCCUCCAGGCCCACUGCCGAGCCCGUCGCCACGGCCCCCUCCACCUCCGGUCCGCUCCUCGUCGCCUCGCAGCCCCAGUCCUACCUGCGCCCGGCGCCGCAGGCCACGAGCCCAUCUGAACAGCUCGCUCCCGUGUGGGCCCCGCCGCCGCCCACGCUCUCUCUGGCCGUGGAUGUGGACGAUGUGUUCGACGGCGGGCGGGCGGACGACAACUCCUUGCCAGGUCCCUCCUCUUCCUCCUCCUCCUCCUCCUCUCACAGCCCCCUCCCUGGCAGUGGCGGCCCCAACAGUUACCCCGGUGACCCAUACAGCAGGUAGUCCUCCUAUUGGCUGACGGUUAAGGGGGCUCCUCAAAGCCUUAUCUCACAAAAAUGGGUGCUGCUUCGACCCCACACAGGGUCUCCCACCUGGAAACGAAGGGACACAAAGACCUCUCCUCCCCCCUCCCCCUAGCCUUUCUGCUGAGUGGCGUUGGCGCUCGUGAACCCGGACCGAAGCUGGACCGCCAUCAUUCCUCACAGGAGGAGCCCCUACUUGAACGGAGGCACGGAGCUCCUCCCCACCUGAUUCUCUCCCAGCACGAUGGAGGUCGAGGUUCCUGACGCGCUGCGCCUGGGGGUGGGGGUGUGGCUUCUUUCACAUUUACUCCAACGUGCUGCGUUUGGUGCCAUGUGACGUUACCUUAGAUGUGAAAUAGUGAUUGAAGUGUUUGAACUCAGCACUACGUUUUUGUACCGUGUCACUGCUGCGUGUUCCUGAGGCAGGACUCUGCACGGCGGCGUGGCGGCGAGCGAUCGCCGAUGACUGAACGCACACGCUCGACUAAACAAACGGAAGCUCCUGCAUGUCUCGAAAUAAUGCUGCAGCUCAUCGAACACAUGUUUGUGUUUAAGGCUGAAAACGAGGAGAAUCACUUCCUGUUAGGGCAACGGGGGGGCGGAGAUUCACCUGCUCUGACCCCUCCCCACCCCGCCAACCCCACCCAGCUGCACUACAGUGUGUUUGGUGCUAACCCAGGCGUGCGCGUGUGUGUGUGUGUGUGUGUGUGUGCGCGCGUGUUCUCACUGAAACCACAGUUUGUCUGUUUUUUGUUUUUCUUUGCCGGGGGGGGGGGGCGUUUCCUGUCCGCCUCAUCACGUUUGGAUGUUUGAAUCUCAGCAGUCUCAGUUCACGGUGAAGGUGAUUGCGAGGUGGGGUUUGCACGACCUGUUUAGCCGGUGGGGGCGGGGUUAGGGGUUUCACAGGGGUGUGGGGUUCUCUCGGGCUACGGUCCCUGCGAGCUUUGUGAAAGGUCUGCGGGUUUCGGCUCACGUGGGCGCCGCACUGACCGACGCUCUAAAUGUAGAAACGUCACCAAAACGAGCGUGACUGCUCCGACCGCCAACUUCACGCUGUGACACCGGAGAUCAAUCGUCUCUGUAUUGGUUUCAUCCAAACUCGCCGAUUGGUCGACAUUCAGCCUGUGUGGUCACUUCCUGCUGUUACUGACCAGGUGAUGAGUGGAUUUAUUAUCAUCAUUAUUAUUAUGACUUUUUUAUUAAGGACGGAGAACUGCAGAUUAGUCUCCCUUACAACUGUCGUCUUCUGUUAAACGACCAAAAUAAAGUCGAACACUUUUGGUUUUUUUCUUUUGGGGGUUUUUUUUUUGGGGGGGGGGGGGGGGGGGAGAAUUAAUGAGCCGAAGAGUCAAAAUAUGCUCGUGUGUGUGUGUGUAUGUGUGUGUCUGUGUCUUUCACUACAGGAACUUGCUGUUGCUCGGUAACAUCCAAUCUAAACCCUCAGAUUUCACUCAGUGUUCUUGGACAGCCUGUUAGUGACCUCACAGCAGCCAUGUUAUUGGUCCAGAGGCCACACCCCUAAUAAUACAAACCCUUCUCCAAUUAAGACAGGUGAGUUAUAGAGCCCCGCCCCACAGGUGUUACAAAGGGGAAGUGAUGUAUAGAGACCAGAACAGUUGUCAGGCUGUAAACACGUUAGUUCCUGCUGUAGUGGGAGUGUGUGGGGCCUCUGCUGGACGUCAGAGGAACUGCAGGUUUUGCGUGGACGUUGCUGUUCAGUGCAGCUCAUGUUGUUUGUAUAGAGACUGUAGAGGACCGAGAACAGAACCCUGAGGAACACCUCGAGUACUUACCGACACUUUAAAUGUCAGCUUUAAGAUUCGGGUCACCGAGCUCCUGUAGUGGAAGAUGUCUGACUGCCCCCCCCCCCCCCCCCCCCCCCCACACACACACACACCUUUCCUCAUCCUUCAAAAUCCUGCAGAAGAAAACUUGAAUUUUUGUGAUCAAGCGCAACUUUUCCUUCUUGCAGCAUCCAGCUGUCCUUUUUGUUUCCACAUGUGCUUAGAAGUUCAUGUACUGAUAGCAUUUUAAGGUGGGGCUGUGGGUGGGGGUGCUGAGUGGAGCUCUGGGAUUCAUGACACUUUUUAUUGAAGCUUUUAUUCUGCAGGUGAGACUCUGAAUGCUCCUCCUGGCUUUUUACUUGAUCAGUGAACAUUUUAGAGUGUGUGUGUGAGAUCAGGGUGGGGGGGGUGGAUGUGAAUAGCGCAGCGGUGUGAGUCAGAUCGGUACCUGUGUGUCAGACUGUGGAGUUUGUACAGCGCUAACGCGACUCUUUGCUUUGACUUUUAGACGUGAUGUCAUUAAAGAGCUUUGAAAGUU